AUGGGGCUGUGGCCGAAGCGCUCCUCGCUGCCGUCGCAGCCCUCCACGGCGGACGAGCCCAGCCUCCCGAACAAUGUCGACUCGCUGCGGCACAUGGUCAUCGCGCUGAAGAAGGAAAAUGAGUCCCUGCGCAAGGCGGCGCUCGCCGCGAACGGGAGCGGGCCGUCGCCCAGCCGGAGCGGCUACAUGCACAUGUACGAGGAGAUGACGUCGGGCUUCUUCAUCGGCCGCUGGCACCCGCGGUACUUCGUGCUCGCGGGGCAGAGCCUGGUGUACUACUCCCAGGACAAGGACCUCGGCAUGGCGCCCCUCGGCGCCGUGGACGUAGCGGGGUGCGUCGUGGAGUACGAGGGGCGCAAGAAGGGCAAGUACUGGGCGUUUGAGAUCACCGACCAGUACGGGGAGUCGCUCCUGCGGCUGUCGACGGAGAACCACGCCGACUCGGACCGCUGGGUGAACGCGCUGGAGAACGCCGGGUGCUCGGUCAUCGGCUUGACGGUGAGCGUGCGCAACAGCGACGCGUCCGGCCGCAACACCGUCGGCGGGGCCGACAGCGGCGACAACGACACCGCCACCUCCGGGCUCCGCGGCGGCAAGCGCGGGAGCUACGGCCCCGGGUCGCGCCGCACCUCCACGGGGGGCGGCGGCCUGCGGCGGCGCACGGUGGGCGACCAACGCGCCAGGGAGGGCGACGCGGACGGGAGGCUCCUGGAGCGCAGGGACGAGGGGCGGGCGUCCGACGGGGCGAAGAGCGAGAAGGCGGCGCGCGAGGGCCGCGAGGAGGACCGGCGCGCGGGGCUGCGGCCGCGCAUGCGCGGGUCGACGCCGCUGCACCGCCAGCCGCGCUUCUCGAUCCUGUCGUCUGAGCAGCUGUCGCACCACAGGCACUCGGGGAUGAUCAACCUGGGCAUGGUGAUCCUGUUCGCGACCAACUCGCGCCUGAUCCUCGAGAACCUUCUCAAGUACGGCGUGCUCUUCCGCCCGAUGGACUGGCUCGCGGAGCUGGGCAUCGCGCCCGGCGGCAGCGCGAUCUCGCCGCUCGUGUCGCUGUGCUGGGCGCUCCUGGCCACCACGCUCUUCCUCGGGCUGCAGAUCGAGAAGCUGGGUAACAGCCUGUACGUGGGCGAGAAGGCCGGGCGGCGGCGCGCGCGCGUCACGGAGGCCGUGCUGUUCGUGCUGAACCUGCUCAACACGUCCGCGGCGCUGGUCGUCCCGUGCACGGCCAUCGUGGCCACGCGCGCGCCGCCGGUGCCGUCGUUCGCGCUGUGCACUUGCGCGGUGGUGGUGUGGAUGAAGCUGGUGUCGUACGCGCACUUCCACGUUGACAUCCGCUCGCGGCGGCGCAAGCGGCAGAAGGUCCCGGGCGAGCGCGGGUCGGACGACGACCUGUACGCCGUCGACAGCCACCUCCAGUGGCCCGAGAACCUCACGCUGGGCAACAUGGCGUACUUCGCGGCGGCCCCGACGCUCAUCUAUCAGAUGGCGUACCCGCGCAGCCCGCGCGUGCGGCACCGCUGGCUCCUGCGGCGCGUGGCGGAGCUGGUGCUGUACAUCACGGUGAUGAUGUUCAUCAUCGAACAGUACAUCCAGCCGACGAUGCGCAACUCGAUGCGGCCGCUCGACGACAUGGACUGGGUGCGCGUCGCCGAGCGCGUCCUGAAGCUGUCGAUCCCUGUGCUCUACCUCUGGCUGUGCAUGUUCUACGUGCUCUUCCACCUCUGGCUCAACAUCCUGGCCGAAGUGCUGCGGUUCGGGGACCGGGAGUUCUACCGCGACUGGUGGAACGCGAGCACGAUCGAGGAGUACUGGCGCAUGUGGAACAUGCCCGUGCACAAGUGGCUCCUGCGGCACGUCUACUUCCCGCUGGUCGCCAUGCGCAUCCCGCGGUCGGCGUCGAUGCUCGCGUGCUUCUUCGUGUCCGCGGUCUUCCACGAGCUCGCCGUCGGCGUCCCGCUGCACGUGGUGCGCGCCUGGGCCUUCUUCGGCAUCAUGUUCCAGGUCCCCAUGGUGAUGAUCACCAACUGGAUGAAGAAGUCGCUGCGCCACGAGACGCUCGGCAACAUCUUCUUCUGGAUCUCCUUCUGCAUCCUCGGACAGCCCAUCUCCAUCCUCCUCUACUACCACGACUACUUCCUCAGCCAGCUCAACGGAGCGGGGACCCUCUGA